AUGGACAGCAAAAAUGUCGUCGUUUGCGACAACGGAACCGGAUAUUUGAAGUGUGGUUUUGCCGGUGAGAAUUUUCCUACCUCCGUUUUUCCUUGUGUUGUGGGGAGGCCAAUGCUCCGAUACGAAGAAUCACUUACCGAGCAAGAGUUAAAGGAUAUUGUUGUUGGCGAGGGAUGUGCAGACCUGCGACAUCAGCUUGAUAUAUCUUAUCCUGUGACGAAUGGAAUUGUCCAAAACUGGGAUGACAUGUGUCAUGUGUGGGAUCAUGCAUUUUACAACGAAUUAAAAAUUAAUCCUCAAGACUGUAAGAUUCUACUUACUGAUCCGCCUCUUAAUCCCUCAAAGAAUCGUGAAAUAAUGGUCGAGACAAUGUUUGAGAAGUACAAUUUUGCUGGAGUGUUUAUCCAAAUCCAAGCUGUUCUAACAUUAUAUGCUCAAGGUUUGCUGACUGGAUUAGUUAUAGACUCGGGAGAUGGUGUCACUCAUGUGGUCCCAGUGGUUGACGGAUAUUCAUUCCCUCAUUUGACAAAACGAAUGAAUGUAGCUGGCCGGCAUAUAACUGCCUAUCUCGUUGAUUUGCUUUCAAGGAGGGGAUAUGCAGUGAAUAGGACUGCUGAUUUUGAGACUGUUAGGGAAAUCAAAGAGAAGCUAUGCUAUAUAGGCUAUGACUACAAGAGGGAAUAUCAGUUGGGGCUUGAAACUACUAUCCUUGUUAAGAACUAUACUCUUCCAGAUGGAAGAGUCAUUAAAGUAGGCACCGAAAGGUUCCAGGCUCCUGAGGCUCUUUUCACACCGGAACUUAUAGAUGUUGAAGGCGAUGGAAUGGCUGACAUGGUGUUUCGUUGCAUUCAAGAAAUGGAUAUUGACAACCGGAUGAUGCUUUAUCAACACAUAGUUUUAAGUGGAGGGAGCACCAUGUAUCCUGGAUUACCAAGCCGAUUGGAAAAAGAAAUACUUGAUCGUUAUCUUGAUGUUGUUUUGAAGGGCAACAAAGAUGGAUUGAAGAAAUUGCGACUAAGAAUUGAGGACCCGCCACGUAGGAAACACAUGGUGUACCUUGGAGGUGCUGUCCUUGCAGGAAUAAUGAAGGAUGCGCCAGAGUUUUGGAUUAACAGGGAAGAUUAUCUAGAAGAAGGAAUUGCUUGCCUGAGUAGGUGUGGCCAAGCUUGA